UACUCAAUUCCAAUCUUUGUUCCUUUGCAUGAAAAUAUCGAUAGUUCGAAAUACCGAUAGUAUCUAGACUUAUCGCGAUCACUUACUAUUUCACCCACCCCUAACUCGAGGCGGGAGCUGUACAAAAAUUGGGUUUUCUAUUCACCGAACAAACUAUAAAAACAAUGGUUAAAAAAAAAACGGAGCCUUGUGCUCACAAAAAGCCUGCAACCAGAACUGCUUUGCGUAACAGAAAAACGGAAGACAACCGUGGAGAUUCCGUAACGCCGACCCCAAUUCCGCUGCGUAAAUGCGUUGUGAAAAUCAGACGCCUCAGAGUUCAGGAAAACACCCCUCCAAAGGAAGUGCAGAACGUUCCCGAUGCUAUGGAAAAUAGCACCUUCGAACCGGCUCGCAACUCUACAAUGUGCGCUCCUGAACAGAUAACAACUUUAAGCCCGGUAAAAAGGUUUCAAGUGCGACUGAAAAGAAUUGCAACAACGCCGCCAACUACCGAGGCUUCCGCCUCAAAAAAGUGUCGCUUUUUUCACAGAGAACAGCGGCAGCAAAGGACAAGAUCGUCUGUGACGAGAAAUGUAUACGAGUUCCUUUCCGAGUCCCAAAUAAAAGAUGACAAUGCCCGGAACGACCCCGCGGCUGACAUAAUACAGCGCAUGGUGAACGAUGGCAAAGCCUGCUUAAUGAUGCGGUCAAAAAAGGAUGGGAAAGCCAGAAUCAAACCCAUAAAGAAGAAAAUGAGGCCAGUGGGAAAAAGGAGGCAGAUUUCGCUCAAGAAAAUGCCACAAGAAAUGGCCAGCGACAAAGGCAAACAACCCAGUGAAUCUCAUUUGAAGUGCCCAGUCCGCGCCAUGUCUCCCAUUUACGAGCCCUUAGACGAGGAACUAAAUACAGAACCUAUUCAAGCGCCCGACCAACUUCACGAAAAUCAGUCACCAGCCAAGCAAAAUGCUUCCAAGCAGGCCAGUGAUGGUGCUUACAGCACCUUAGCUCGGUCUGUUCUUCUUAACCAAACUAAGACGCAGGACACCCAGCAAUCGAAAGACAAGCGGCGCGAAUUACUAAACAUGGCCCGCCAGUUGAUCAGCACACCUUUGAAUAGAAGAAAAGCCCCGAUCCCUGGAAAUAUAUCAACUGCCACAGGCAUAUCUCCGAUUCCACACCAAUCGCCAUCGGGAAGUGCAUCUCCCUGGCGCGUAUCCGACGAGUCGGCCAUGCCAAAUACUUUUGUGUUCGGCUUCAAUACAUCCCAACUGCCAUCCUACUCCAGUGACCAUAUUCGCCGAAGACAUGUCUAUGUACCGGAUGAACCCCGCAACGAAUCAAAAGAUGUAUCUGAUUGUCCCACUAUGAGAGAUCAAAGGGUGGAAUCAAGUGCCAAUGAGUCAAACGAGGAGAAUGUGCCGCCUCCUAUCACCAACACAUCACAAGUCUCCAGUUACCAGGUGAACGACACCAGCGCCGAAGAUGUAGAGAAUUAUGUUCAUUUACCAAACCCACGAAGAACUCUACAGAAACGUACGCCUUUUAAAGAUAUUAACAUACUGGAUGUGGUUGUGCUGCCCUCUUGGAAGAAGAACGUUCAAACAACACCCUCGAAGGAAGUGACACCCUCAAGGCAGUCCCAGUCUACAGCAAUCGAAAGAGCCACAGUUCAAGCAUCACCUAGUCGCACUCAAACUAGGGUGAAUCUCUUCGGUUCUCCAAACGAAAAGAGUCCAAGGCAAACGGAAAAACGAAAUCUUUUUGGAUUCGAGGAAUUCCUCAAUGAUAGUGUGGCUGCCACAGAUCGCUCCCCUUCGAGGAGUCAGGAUGUAACGUUGCACGAUAAACUGCAGCGCUUGGCAGAGCUGCGCCCUUCUAAUCUCCCUCAAGUUUCAAGCUCUCCCCUACGUCGCGAUACCCUUAAAGAGUUCUACACAAAACAGCGGGAUAUUCGGGAUGUAUUUUCAUCCACAAUGGUCCAGCAAAGGCCACCACUACCAAGAACUGCACCGGUUGCAGACGAAUCCGUAGGACUCUUUAAAGAUCAAGAGCCAGAACCAGAAGUGACAUUUAACGAAAAGAAACCAAGGCGAACGUACGUGAGGGAGCGACCGAAACGAAAGCGGAAGCAGAGAGUGCAGGUUUUGUACGUAGAGAGUGAUUCUUCCGAGGAUGAGGACGAGCAGGACUCGCACAAUAAUAGUUUAGUAUCCCCGCAAAAGGGCCGUCCGCAUAAGCGCUCCCGCAAGGACAUGGAACACGAAGCUCAGUUGCAGGAUUUCAUUACAAGUUUCAACAAGCAGUGCGAGGAAGUUGAAAAGUUUCCAGUAAUCAUUGAAUAAUUUUAUAUUAAUUUUUUUAUUUUGUUUUGGUGUUAUUGAUAAGUCUUUUAUGUAUGUACCUUUUUGUUUUGUCCAACAACUAAUGAUUGCUAACGGAUUGCGUAUUCAUAUUUUGGUAAUGGCUCAUGACUAUGUUAAUUAAAUAAAAAAAAUACAAAAACAAAA